AUGGAACAGUGGAAAGAAGCUAUAGUUUUAUAUGAUAAAGCUAUAUCUCUAAAAUCAUUUAGCUUUCUUUGGAAAAGGUAAUUAAUUAUAUCUAUUAAAUUAGGAGAUUGCUUGAGAAUUUUAAAAUAUUAUGA